ACGUAGUGUUAUAUUCUGCCUGUGGAUUCUUAACGUUAUCUUAUUUAGCUAUAUGCAUUUUCUUCUAGAAGGUAUACUCAAUAUUUCCUUUUUUAUCGAGAUACAUAUUUCCUUUUUUUUUUUUUUUUUUAUUCGAGCUCAAUAUUUCCUUUCUUUUCUCAACAAAUCAUAUUAGGAUUUCAUUUUCCUUUCUUACCAGUCUCAGGGUUUAUAAAUACUACAUUGCACUACUAAGAUCACAGCAAGGUCAAUAGCGAGACAAUGCGAUCUAACAGAAAGAAACCAAAGAAUGAUCAGACCAAACCAGAGAUGAAGUUCAUCAAGUCUCUCGGAAAGGGUACGUACGGCUCCGUAGAUCUCUUCAGUUACACCAAAGGCGACGGCUCAACGUUCUACAACGCCGUGAAGAUCUCUGAUUCCAAAUACUACAACUCUAUCAACAGAGAGUUCAAGGUCCUUUCGAAACUCAGAGGAUGUCAAGGAAUCGUGCAAUCUUUUGGUAACUCACUGCUUCAAGAAACCGAUUCUGAUGGAAAGAAAGUCUACAAGAUGGCUAUAGAGUACGCAGCUGGUGGUAACCUAACCGACUUCAUCCGAAUAAACCGAAAGUUAUCGGACACGUUCGUUAAAGACUUCACUCGGAUGCUUCUCCAAGGGUUAGCGUCGGUACAUGACCACGGUUACGUCCACUGCGAUCUUAAACCGGAGAAUCUCCUUCUCUUCCCGCGUCACGAUCAAGAAACGCGGUUUUGCUCGUACGAGUUAAAGAUUUCGGAUUUUGGAUUGACGAUAAAGGCAGGAGAGGAGUCCGUUUGUUGGGAAACCAAAUCUCCGUUUGUCGGAACGCCGUUAUACAUGUCUCCGGAGUCGGUACAUGACGGUACCGCCGUGGAGAAAACCCUAGACUUGUGGUCGUUAGGUUGCGUGGUGUUGGAGAUGUGUGUAGGUAAGCAUCCGUGGUCAGGGUUUAGUGUUGAUGAUAUAAAGUCUCGUUUGUUGUGUGGGAAGGCGCCGGAGAUUCCAGAGACUGUGCCGUGUGACGCAAGAAAGUUUGUGGAGAAGUGUUUCGCAAGAAAGGCUGAAGAGAGGGGAAGUGCUUCUGAGCUGUUGUUGCAUCCGUUUUUGGUCGGAGAGAGGAAGGUGGAUGGUGCCGGCGGCGGCGGCGGCGGCGGAGGAGAGAGGAGGCGGGUGGGGUUGAGGAUCAGAAAACCACCGGAGAGGUUUGACGAUAUUGCAAAGAAGCCAUUAAAAUUGAAGGUUAUCUCAUCUAAGUCCUCGCAGUUUAAGAGAGUUUCGAAUAAACCCCAAAAGGUUAAGAUUGGUCGUUCUAGACACCCAAAAUCUAAUUUUGCUCCCGUGCAGUAGUUUCCUGAAAUUAAAAGUACCGCUGUUACUCUGUCAAAAAUGUUAAUUUUGGCAAUUAUCAAAUUGUAUGUUAUAUGAAAAUCGAUAAUGCAUAUAUUUCCAGUUUUUCGAAAAUUUAUGUCUAGUUAAUGUUAAUGCUCAAUAUAUUUCCUCAAAUGUUUGGGCCGAAACAUAAGGCCUGUUGAAGAAUUGGCCCAUCGAGAAGCUUAGUGGUAGAAUCACCAACAUGAAAUUAAGGAAGAACUUCUUUUGGUUAAUAAUAGGUUUAAGUAGCUAGCCAAUGUAUAUUUUUAGCAACGAAAAAUGAGAUAUAUUUAUGUAUACAUGACUCAUUUUGACGCACGAGGGUUCUAAUAUUAAAAAUCAAAUCAUUGUAAGAGUUUAUGUUUCCUUCUUGAAAUUUGUUUGUUUUAGACAAGAAAAUUGACAAGAGCGUCGGAGACAUAUCACAUAAUGUAGAGAAAGUUCCCCACAUACAUUGUUAAACCAUUAUCUGAAAAGAUGCUUUCACUAUAUUUUAUAUGUAGUUAUGUAUAUAUAGGAAUAUUCAUAAAUGGUGGUCCAAAUAAAAGAAACAAGACCCAUAUGAGUUUCAGACAAUAAUGAUAAUCACAAACCUACCAAAAGCUUUAGAUCUCCCAAAAGCUAUAAUAAUCCACAUUUCACAUUUGUAUGUAUGUUCAUAUUGACAUUUCACUUACAUAGACAGAGCUGAGAGACCCAUUCUCUCAAAUGUUGUUGUCACUGCCGAUACAGAAAUCUUACUCAUUCAAUCAUGUUUUUUUAACCUAACGCUUAUUUUUAACUCUCUUCUUUAUACUAAAUAUUUAUUCACAUUAUUUUUUAUCCGACUCUCUUACACGUUCUGAAACUAACGACUAUAUAAAUUUCAAACAAUAAGACAUGCAAUUUUAAACGUUAUCAUAUAUAGGAGUUCUAAGGACACGAGUGAGAGUAAAGCUAGGCUGAUACGUUUUUCUAUGCCGAAUUUAGAAAAAUUAUGUUGAUUAUUGCUGAUUUGUAGAACAUUGGUGUUUAGUUUUAAACUCACUAAGAUUGUUCAUAUAUAUGGUUUUGCGUUAAAUUUUCUAAUCUUAUGGAAAGGUAUGAUAGUUUAGUAAAAACAGUCCUCUUUAAGUUGUAAAUGCCUUCACUUUCAACUUUUCAGUUCAAAAAAAAAAGUUGUAAAUGUGUAAUGAACAUUAUACCAUGGGUAUUAAUUGAUCGUGGCAUUAUUGUAUUAAAAAAAACUAAUAAUGAGCUUGGUGAAUUCGAUGAAGUGGUGACUUAUAGAAUAGAUGGUUUAACACUGAAAGAGACCGGUGAGGUCUUCAUGUUGUUUUUAACUCCACUUGCAUUUGUUCUAUAGCUUUUAAUUUUGGGCUUCCUAUAUAUCAUUCUUAUUUUCUGUAUUCUUCUUGUGCACAAAAAAAAACUGUAUUCUUCUACUUAAAAUAAAAUAUCUUUCACCAUGUAUUUUCUAUAUUACUUUGAAGUUCGGUCCUUAUAUAUAGCUAAACAUUGUGAUGUCACAUACAAAGGGAAAGGACAAGAUAUGCUUGUCCCUCAAAAUCUAGACUCUUUUUCUCAUCUUCUAUAUUUAUGAUCUUUAUUUAUUACUGGCCACACAAUUCACCAAUUUUCUUCUGAGAAAACAAUAAUAAAUUAGAGGGAAUUUGCUACAUAUAUAUAUAUGUAAAUAAGAGGAUAUAAGAGUGGAAGAGUUGAAUCCAAGAAAUGGAUGUGAAGGCAAGAAAGUGAGAGAUAUGGUCCCCUCAACAAAGGCCAUUAAAUCUCUGAGCAUAUGACUGUGACUUUAAUGGCAAAGCAAAGAGGUUUGCAAUUGCAUGAUUCAACGAAGAGUUGCUGUUAGGGCUUGGGAGAUUUGUGGGCUUUUAAGUGCAUGUUUUUUGUGGGGUUCAAAUGCCAUUCAUGGGACCCGAUUACAUUUUCUUAGAUUACUAGUCUAUGGUUGUGUUUUUUUGAAAACCUUUUUUUUCUUGAAGAAUUUUCUAUUGCAUGAGCUUUAAAAUGAUUAUAUAUAGGCUAAUAUUGUGGAUACUGAUUAAGACUUGGGCUCAAACAAACUAUACAGAUCCAAAUAUUUUUCACAAUCUUCGACCGUCCUCGGUACACAUUAUUUUAAAAUACAUAUUCUAGGUUGUAAAGAGUGUUUUCCUUAUUAUAGAAUAAUAAAAUAGUUCUAGAAAAUACGUUAAACAUUUUUUUAUAAAUUAAUAUUGUUUAAUGUAAGCUUAAAGCGCUUGAAUCACUUAUGAUGAUUUACCAGGGAUAUAAUUCGUCGAUAUAGUUUUGAAAAUUUAAAUUGGAUGUUAGGUUUAUUUGUGGAAAAUAAAGACAUGUGGACUCCUCAUGCGAAGUCCAAAAUCUGCAAAAUUAUGUAUGUAAAAUAAUGUACUUUGGGACCAGUACUUGGCAUGGACAUUACCAUAGUUGAAUUAAUUUCCGUUCUUACAAUACGUUUUGAUUAGUCAUACAUCACAUACACAUUUUGUGAAUCGGUGAAUUUGUGCAAUGAAGUCACUCUAAAACAACCAGUGUAGGGUAAUCCUUCUGAAGCAAUUUUGAAGAUAGGAACAAUUUUUUCUUAGUUGAAAAAUCUAUAAAUGAUGCUUUUUUUCUUUUAUAAGAGAAUAGUUUCAUAUGUUGACCAAAAAGGAAUAGUUGAGCUAUCAACAAAUGGAUGAUCCAUAUUGGAGUGUAUAGAACAACGAGAAAUGAUACAUAUGCCAUUAAACAAUAUAAUUU